CCUCCUACAUACCACACUCAAUUAUUCUACAAACUUUUUAUAAUCAUUAUUUAUAUAUGUAUACUUCUACUACAUCCUCCUUCCCACUAGUGUUUCUCAUCUUAGAAGUGGUUAAUUAAAGCAAAGCAACAACACAAGAACUUUCCCUCACAUGGCUAGAGUAGGAGGAAUUUGUCUGUGUCUUCUCAUUCUAAUAAUGGAUGUUGGAGCUGGGAUUCUCGGCUUUGAGGCUGAAAUAGCACAAAACAAGGUUAAGCACAUGAGAGUGUGGAUCUUUGAGUGUAGAGAGCCAAGCCAUAAGGCGUUUAUGAUGGGUUUGGGUGCUGCAGUGCUUUUGGGGCUAUCACAUGCCAUAGCCAAUUUGUUAGGUGGAUGCAACUGCCUUUGCUCUCACCAUGACUAUGAUAAGGCUUCCUCUAAUAUCCAACUCUCAACACUUUGCCUCAUUUUAACUUGGGUUGUGUUGGCCGUUGGAAUGUCUAUGCUGGUGAUAGGGGCUAUGUCAAACAACAGAUCAGACGGUUCAUGUGGCUUCUCACACCAUCAUUUCCUUUCAAUUGGAGGAAUUCUCUGUUUUGUUCAUGGCCUAUUCAGUGUUGCAUAUUACGUUUCUGCCACUGCCUCUAGUGUUUAAUUAGUGACUAAGAAAAACAUCUGGAACUCACUCACACCCAUUCACUCAUGCUUUAGUGCUUUUUGUAGUAGUUUGGCUCUUUCUUCUUUUCUUUUUUUACACCUUUUUUUUUAAAUUAAAGUGUAGCUUUAGAGAAAAUGUAUCUUGACUUUAAUGCUUAGUGUACUAAAAAAAGGGGAACAUGGAAGGUAACCAUUUUGUAUAUGACCAAAUUAUC